GGACUUACAUAGCACACCUGGGCAGCUAUGUCUGGCCGCGGCAAAGGCGGGAAGGGCCUGGGCAAGGGGGGCGCGAAGCGCCACCGCAAGGUGCUGCGCGACAACAUCCAGGGCAUCACCAAGCCCGCCAUCCGGCGGCUGGCCCGGCGCGGCGGCGUCAAGCGCAUCUCCGGCCUCAUCUACGAGGAGACCCGCGGGGUGCUCAAGGUGUUCCUGGAGAACGUGAUCCGGGACGCCGUCACCUACACGGAGCACGCCAAGCGCAAGACGGUCACGGCCAUGGACGUGGUGUACGCGCUCAAGCGCCAGGGCCGCACCCUCUACGGCUUCGGGGGCUGACCGCCCGGGACCCACCACGACCUCCCCAAGCACAGAAAAGGCCCUUUUCAGGGCCCCCAUCCU